CGAAACUGGAAACAGAAUUUCAAAUGUUGCGGGUUCAUACGGUGUGAAAGGUUCCUAUUUUUGCGGUUAGUGCCGGCUAAAUUCCGAAAAAGUUCUUUUAGUGAAUAAACGUGACUGAAAUCUCCCAAUUUUCCAAGGAAUAUGAAAAAACUAGACGGCCCUUAUGAUCUGGAGUCCCUAAUGGGAACAUUGGGUGACUUCGGAAAAUACCAAGCAUGGCAGUUCACCUUACAUAUUUUGUCUGCAUUAACAGCUGGUCUGAAUAUGUUAACAUUGGUCACAGUUGCAGCAGUUCCAGAUCAUAGGUGUGAAAUUCCCGGAUACGACGUAAACCAAACAUAUACAAAAUUGAACUUCACAGAAAUGACAAAACAUUUUCCUUUGCUGGACCCUGCUGUUGGAAAAUUCGACAAAUGUUCUUUGAUAAACAGCACGACAAAUGUGCCGUAUAAGUGUAGUUCUUUCGUCUACGAUCAUACCUAUUAUGGCACUUCAAGAGCCAUCGAAUGGGAGUUUAUCUGUGAUAGAAGGUGGAUGGGAGCCUUAGCGCAAUCUAUUUACAUGAUAGGAGUAUUUACAGGUGCUGUGGUAUUAGGAAAAAUGGCAGACAAAUACGGUAGAAAGCCAAUUUUCUGUUGGUCGGCUAUUUUGCAAUUAAUAUUGGGUGUUAGUGUAGCCUUCACCCCUGAAUACAUAUCCUUUUUAGUUCUUAGAUAUUUAUAUGGUAUUUUUGGAUCGGCUGGCGCUUAUAUACCAGGCUUUGUACUUACAAUGGAGUUAGUUGGUCCAAGCAAACGAUCGAUGUGUGGAGUCGCAUUCCAAGCAGUUUUUGCUGUAGGAAUUAUGCUAGUUGCCGGAUGGGGAGCCUUAAUAAAAGAUAGGCAAAUUCUACAAAUCAUUUAUGGUUGCCAUGCUUUACUUUUAGUUGGACAUAUCUGGCUUAUGGAUGAAUCACCAAGGUGGUUAUGGAGCAACGGAAGAAUUAGAGAAUCUGUCGAAAUAGUGAAGAAAGCACUUAAAAUGAACGGUUCACCAAUCAGUCUAGAUACAGCGGAAUUCGUUAGCAAGGGUAUGAGUGAAGUAAGAACUAGUGAAGAAUCUGGAAGCAUCGGAGAUCUAUUCAGAACACCGAAUCUAAGAAAAAAGACCUUUAAUGUUCUACUAUGCUGGUUCGCUAAUAGCUUAGUCUACUAUGGAUUGUCCCUAACUACCAACUCUAUGGAAGGGAAUCCUUUCAUUAAUAUGUUCAUUAUGGGACUUGUUGAAAUACCGAGUUAUAUACUGACUGUUUAUUUGAUGGAUAGGUUAGGAAGAAGAACUCUGACUGCAGUAGAAAUGAUCUUAGGAGCAAUAUGUUGUAUAAUAGCAGCCAACGUAACAGCCGGAGCUGCAUCCAUGACGUUUAUGUUUACUGGAAAGUUCUUAAUUGCCAGUUCCUUCGCCAUAAUCUACAAUUUCUCGGCUGAACUGUUCCCUACUAUGGUAAGGAGCUUCGUCAUGGGCUUGGGUGCUAUGUGCGCCAGAGGCGCAGGUGCUGCAAUUCCAUUAAUGAGUCUCCUAGAUUCUUUCGAUCCCAAAAUACCUGCCAUGAUCUUUUCUGUGGUGUCGUUGAUAUCAGGAUUUUUGGUGAUGUUCCUCCCAGAAACGUUAAACAAACCCAUGCCGCAAACGUUACAGGAGGGAGAAGAAUUCGGAGUUGGAGAUACUACCUUCUCGAGUCUAUGUGGCGAGAAACGAGACAGGUCACUGCGAAAGCCUUCGAAGACUGAAACGGAACAAAUGCAAGCACUUCGAUGAAGUGGUUUUUAGCUGUGCUAAAUGUUUAUUAUAAUUUAUAGUUAAAAUGUUCUUGUAAACGUUUUUUAACACAAGUGUUAAGAAUAUGCUUGUUAGGAAAUUUAAAAUCGAAGUACUAGAUAUUAUUUAAACGAAAACAAAAAUUUUAUUACACUUUUAUUUUUUGUAGUUUAUUCAAUGUUUAAAAAUUCAAACUGAAUUCGCUUUAAUAUGUAUGUAAUUUAUUAGAUUUUUCAUACUGUUUUCAUUAAUUUCAUUUGUUUUUGGUUAUUAAUAUAAACAAUAAUAGACUUAAUAUCCACUAGAAAAUAUAUACUCAAAACCAGAACAUCAAUUGGAUAAAUUAUUUUAGGUAUCUAUCGCAGCUCUAAACAUAUUUGGACAUAGGCCACCCCUUGAUAAUUGAUUCCAUCAUUUUAUCGCAUAGUAUGGGCUGAAAAUUUCCAUUACAGUUUUAUCACUUUGUUUACUGCUAUAAUCAAUUCGUUUCAUUUUCGAUAAUUAAUGGAAACACUCGUUACGAAUUGAAAUUAUUAUUUUGUUAUACAGCGUAGUAAUAAUAAUAAAUGUGAAAAUCAUCGUUGGAAACAUACUAUCACUUCUCAUAGUCUACCAACAUAUUACGCUUUCAGAAAAAUAGAGGUACUAACCGGUACAAAUGGAGUGAGACUAGAUCAAACAGAAGAACACAACAGUACUCGAGAACUACUAGGAGAAGAAAAAGAAAAAGUGAUAAUCAAAGCGAAAGAAAAAGAUAAUGCACAGGGUGAGCAAAAAUAAAAAGAAAAUAAAGAAGCAGAAGAUGAAGCAAGGACAGAAAUAAAAGAAAAUGUGAGAGAGAAAUUUGAGAACAAAAUAUAAAAAUUAAAAAAAUGCAUAAACAAUUCAGAUUAGAGUACAAUAAAAAAUUGUGAAAAAGAUGCAACAAAUAAAGUGGAAAACGACUUAAUAAAUGAAGUUACAAAAUACUGGGACGGACGAAAAAUUCUAUAAUAGAACAAUUUUAUAAAAAAAAGUCAAGACAAUCAACGGAUUAAAACAAGAGAACUACAGAACCUGAAUUGAGAAGCUGAAAUAGAGCAUGGAUAAGUGCGGCUAGAAUAUGGAAAGAAUAUUAUGAAUAAAUAUUAUAUACAGUCGAAAAAAUGAACCCAUGAACGAUCACAUCAAUCACUUAUUUUGUAUUUGCUGUUUUUCUAUAAAUAACAAAUGUUUGUUAAAGAAAAAGACAGAAAAUACAAAAUAAGUGAUUGAUGUGAUCGUUCAUGGGUAUUCUUUCAUUUUUCCGACUGUAUAUCAGUGAAAAAAUGGUGAAACUUAAGAAUAGAAAAGUUCAAAAAGAGAAUAAAUUAUUAUAAAGCGCAAAGUCAGCAGAAGAUGAUAAUAGCAGUGGAAUUAUUAAAAUAUGGUGUAACACAACUACACGAAGAAAUAUACAUACCUGUUGAUACUGAACUGUUCCGGUAGGUGUGUGUGUGUGUGUGUGUGUGUUGACGGAAACAAUUAUAUAAUAUAAUAUUAAUUAAAACGCAAACAGUUGUCAAUCAUAUACUUAUUUAUUUUUGGUAAAAAAAUGUGUUUUGCUUAUACAUCUCGUAAGAGGGUUUGUUAUUGUUUCGACCCAGCAAGCGACCGAUGGCUGCUGGGGUGUGUAACCGACUGAGUGACUGAAAGAAACCACAGACGCUAAUCUGUUUGUGUUUCUACCAUCUGACCAUAAAGGCAAUAAAUUAUUUAGAUCUUGCGUUUAAAAGUUGAAACAUUUCUGCAGUUUUAGGAAACGUUUUCGAGCAUGUCCAAAGUGAGUUAUUGACAUAAGGUCUGAUAAGGUAAUUAAUUUAUGGGGAAUUCAGUUUAUUAAACUGAACACACCAAAAACAUAUGGUUACGGAUACAUUUCGUUUCGUAAAACCGUGUCCUUCUUAGCAUCUGGUUUGUAUAUUACAUGUGAAUUUUUAUGACCCAUAUUAUUUCGUUUUGAGAAAAGUUAUUAAAAAUUAAGAAAAUAAAAUUAGCAAAAAUAGUAAUUAAAGCGUACCGCUAUAGAACUCUUUUCUAUACUUUAUUUAUAUUUUUUAAAACUUAAUUUGUAUUGCUUUUAUUAUUUACAAUAAUUUAUAGUACACUAAAACAUAUAGGUAUUAAAACUAAUACGUAUAAUUUAUCUCUUAUUACUUUGUAUAAUUUAUUUUAUCACUUUUACAUCGAGGUUAUAGCUCUUGACAUUUAUUUAUACGACUGACUACAGAACAAAGUUCUUGUAUGUAGGUAUACACUAUACAGUAUUGGCCGUUCGAGAGUGUUUUCAUGGGUCUUCCAGAACAAAUAGAAAGGUUUCGAAUACCAGACUGCUGAUAGAGAGUUGUUUACGCGAGAUUAAAUGUUGCAGGUCGUAUUCUCUACCAGGUAUAUUUUCUGGCCAUCAAGGACUGGUUUUAGGCGCCCGAGCACUGCUAGGCAAUUUUCAGGCACAUGACAAUACAACAAAUAUGGGCACAAAAUAUGUUGUAAGAUGCAUUGAACAAAUACAACAAAAAUGGGCACAAAAUAUGUUGUAAGAUGCAUUGAACAUAGAAAUUAUAGUGCCGAUACAUUAAAAAUUAUACUGAAUGGGAGACAAUAAUUUUUUAUAAUAUUACAGCACGUGAAUGAAUAUUUUUGAACAUUGAAUAAACGUAAAGGUUUUAUACUUCUGUAGUGAAAUAUUGAAUCUAUUUUUUGCAAUAGCAGCUAUUCCGAAAAGAAGCCAAAAAAUUUUGAAUCUAUUAUUUUUAUAGGUGCGUCUAAUUUUUAAUUUUUAACGUAAGCAUUUUUUGUGUAAAACCGAUGUAAAAACUAAAAUUAAGUUUAUGUUUAUUGUGUUUAUUUAGAUUAUAAGCGUAUUAAUUGUGUUAUUUGUGUUUAUUAAUUUUUUAUUAUAAACGUCUUAAAAUAUAGUUGGGGCCGUAGAGCUUACCGUGCGUUACUUAAAUCAUAAAAAAUAGAAAAUUGUCCGUUACGAAAGUAGAGUUAAUGUGACUAAUGCUUCGGACAACGUAUACAGGGUGUUUCAUUAAUAAUUGUCCAUAUAGUAACUGGAGAAACCUUAGCACAAAAUACGAAGAUUUAACAUAAAACACUUAAAUAAAAUGUGAUUCCUUACUGAGUUACAGGGUGUUUUAUCUAAAAAUUUAAAAACUAUUGUUGCUCAGCAUUUUAAAACUAUUCUACGUAUCCUUUUCAUACUUGGCAGAAAGUAUAGGUGCUGUACAAACUAAUAAAUUAUGUUAAACAAACGUUUCUGGCUAUUACCAGAGGCGUACAACGGGGGAAAGUGAAUGGUUGACCCUUUCCAAAUUCUACGCCACUGGCGAAAUUGCUAUUUUAGUUCCAUUUUUGGAUUCUCCAAUACUUUCUAUAAAAAUAAUAUACUCUUCAUUCGUAACGAUAAAGUUAUUAAUUUUCGAGAUCUUUGAAGUUGAAAAUGAAAUGACACGGUUAUUUUGAUCAGUGUAUUGUAUCGCUUCAUUUUUAAUUUCAAAUAUCUCGAAAACUAAUCAUUUUAUCGUUACGAAUGAAGAGUAUAUUAUGUACAUAAAAAGUAUUGCAAAAUCAAAAAAUUACACUAAAAUAGCAAUUUCGUCAGUGGCGUAGAAUUUGGGAAGGGUCAACCAGCCACUAUCCCCUGUCGUACGCCUCUGGUAGUAGCUAGAAACGUUUAUUUAUCUUAAUUUAGUAGGGUGUACAGUACCUACACUUUCUGCCAAGUAUAAUAAGGAUACGCCAAAUAGUUUUAAAGUACUGGGUACAAAUAAUUUUUAAAUUUUAAUCAUAUGAAUCAUAUUAUCAUAAACAUAAAUUAAUCAAAAUAACUGUGCAGUUUCAUAUUUAACUUCAAAUAUCUCGAAAACUAAUGACUUUAUCGUUACCAAUGAAGAGUGUAUUAUUUACGUAAAAAGUAUUGAAGAAUCUAAAAGUGGCACUAAAAUAGCAAUUUCUCUAGUGGCGUCGAAGUUGAGAAGGGUCAACCAUACACCAUCCCCUGUCGUACGCCUCUAGUAGUAGCUAGAAACGUUUGUUUAUCAUAAUUUAGUAGGGUGUCUAGUAGUCACACUUUCUGUUAAGUAUGAAAAGGAUACUUCGAAUAGUUGUAAAAUACUGAGCAAAAAUAGUUUUUAAAUUUUUAGAUAAAACACUCUGUAACUCAGGAAGGAACCACAUUUUAUUUAAGUGUUUUAGGUUAAAUUUUCCUAUUUUGUGCUAAGGUUUCUCCAGUUACUAUAUGGACAAUUAUUAAUGAAACACCCUGUAUAGCUGAUAUUGCGUUUUUAUAAAAAUCCAAGGUCCGACUCACCACAAUUAACAUAAGCUAUUUUUGUACAAAUCCCGGUUAGACAAAAAUAUUGGCACUCUAUUUAUGAUGUAGCAAAUUUUAGUUAAUUUGAUAUUAUGAUGAUCUAAAUGAGGUUUAAAGUUAAAAAAAUUAAGCAAAUAAAAAAUCCAAUUAUAACAAAUUUCUUCUUCUUCUUCUUAUGGCAUCGUAACCCUGGAUGGGUCUUUGCCUGUCUGGCUAUGUCCUUCCAUUCAAAUCUCUCUUGUCUUCAUUGUCUUAUACAGGGUGUAACAAAAAUACAGGUCAUAAAUUUAGCCACAUAUUCUGGGACCAAAAACAGUUCGAUUUAACCUAACUUACUUUAGUACAAAUGUGCACAUAAAAAUAGUUACAGCCCUUUGAAGUUACAAAAUGAAAAUCGAUUUUUUCCAAUAUAUCGAAAACUAUUAGAGAUUUUUUAUUGAAAAUGGACACGUAGCAUUCUUAUGGCAGUAGUAUCUUAAGAAAAAAAUAUAGUGAAAUUUGGACACUCCAUAAAAUUUUAUGGGGGUUUUGUUCCUUUAAAUCCCCCCAAACUUUUAUGUACGUUCCAAUUUAAUUAUUAUUCUAGUACCAUUAGUUAAACACAAUGUUUUAAAAACUUUUUUACCUCUUAGUACUUUUUCGAAAAGUCAGUUUUUAUCGAGAUAUUUUGAAUAUUUGUCAAAUCCACCACAUAUUUGUAUAUGGUUAAGUACGGUUAUGGAGACUUGGUAAUAACAUGAAAAUUUAUUUAUGAUUUACAUUUUAGGUAUAUUUUGAACCAUAUCAAAAAAGAAGCUACAUCUCCAUAAAAGGUGCCAUAUCGAAACAAUACAAAGAGGCAAAAAAUUUUAAAAACACUCUGUUUAAUUAAUGGUACCGCAGUAAUAGUUUAAUUGGAACGUACACAAACAUUUGGGGGUUUAAAGGUACAAUACCCCCAUAAAAUUUUUAUGUAAACAUAUUAAAAACGAACUCGCAGCUCGAUAAAAACUGCCUUAUCGAAAAAAUACUAAGAGGCAAAAAAGUUUUAAAAAUAUUGAAUUUAAUUAAUGGUAUCACAACAAUAAUUUAAUUGGAACGUACACAAAAGUUUGGGAGGGUUUAAGGGAAGAAAACCCCCAUAAAAUUUUUAUGGGGUGCACAAAUUUGACCAUAAUUUUUCUUUAAGAUGCUCCUUGUAUAAGAAUGCCACAUGUCCAUUUUCAAUAAAAAAUCUCUAACAGUUUUCAAUAUACUCGAAAAAAUCUAUUUUCAUUUUGUAACUUCAAAGGGCUGUAACUUUUUUUAUGUGCAUAUUUGUACUAAGGUAAGUUAGGUUCAUUCGAACUAUUUUUGGUCCCAGAAUAUGUGAUCUAAUUUAUGACCUGUAUUUUUGUUACACCCUGUAUUCACGGUACUAGGUCUUCUUCCACGUCAUCCAGCCAUCUCGUUCUGGGCCUUCCGUUUUUUUUUAUCUUCCAUUGUAAUAUAUUCUUUUCUUUGUUGUUUUUGCAUCUUCUUGUCUCUGGACAUGAUAGUCUUUGACUUUUCACAAAUCUUACAAUAUCAUACCCUUCAUUACUUCGUCGUUUCUCCUGAUUCUCCAUGUGCCGUCUUCCUCCAGCACCGGGCCAUAUACUGUUCUCAGUAGGUAUCUUAAUUACCUAUAACAUGUAAUGAACCAUACUGAGCUCAAUGAACCUAACUGAGCUUUCAAAAAUACUGGCAUGCUUCUGGGUAAGAUUAUUAUCAAGUUCUUUAUGAUUGCUUGGGAAAUGUUCCCGGUCUAAUGGAACUUCUUCUCCUGCAGUUCGUAUCUUGUUGGCGUAUGUUUUGCAUCCAAGAAUUUCUUCCUCUACCCCGACCCCUCCUUCCAUCUAGUUUUCCAUGGAGGAUGAGUUGCUUGAGGCGGAAUUUACUGUGUCCUAUGACAUGACCGAAGUAUUCAAGUUCUCGUUUUGUCACUGUAAAUGCAAUUUUCUGUUGUUUACUCAUUCUUUACAGUACUUUCCUAUUCGUUAUACUCUUAUAGGGUGUCCCGAAAAUAUUGGUCAUAAAUUAUACCACAGAUUCUGGGGUCAAAAAUAGGUUAAUUGAACCUCACUUACCUAUAUACAAUGUAGUGCAGUCAUUGAAGGUUUUCACCUCCAUCGAUUUUCAUGAAAAUUGGUGAGUAAUUAGAGGAUACCUCAAGGUGUCUAAAUCGGUCAAAAUUAUCGAAAACAUUAUUUAUGCUAAUAUAAAGAAGUUCUUGUAAGGAUUACUAUAAAUUUUAAUUUUUGUGGAAUUGGCGUAUGUUCUUUUAUUUUCGUUUAUGAAUUUUAUUUUAAAAAAUCGAAACGGUUCUUUUAUUUUCAUUAUAACUUGCUUAAUUUUGACGCUAUUACCUUGUUCUGAAGCUCAUUUGAUAGGUAUUACAAAGUACUUUGACAAAUGUUUAGCAGGAAUAUUUUAUACAUUGCAUCGUUUUCCCGUUAUUUAAGCUUGAAUACUUAGAUUUGAGUACUCGUCGAAAAAAAUACACAUUCAAUUGCCAAUAACUCAGUUUGAACUAACAUUAGUUUAGUUCUAUAUGUGAGGAAUAUAUUCAAUUUUUUAUUAUCUUCAAUUUCAGUAAUAAUAACUUUUUUGUAAAAGCUUAUAGUUUUUGAUUUAUACGUGAAAACCCGAUUUAAAACAUGCAUUUUUUUACGAAAAAAUAAAAUCUUUGGUCUUUAAUAACUCAAAAAGUGUUGAUUUAUUUUAAUAACUUUAUAUAACAAAUUUUGCUUAUAAUUUGUCCCUCUAUCGACUUAUGGUAUUAUUUUUAAUAAACUAAUUUUCACCCCCAAGAAGGGGUGGCAUCCACCCCCAGGGUAAAAGCGCAAGUUGGCACCAUGUCACCUUUGUUCCUAGAGAUAUCCUCUAACCACUCACCAAUUUUCAUGCAAAUCGAUGGAUGUUCAACAAAAUCGGAGGUAAUAGCUCAUAUCCACCUUCAGUGACUCCACUAAUAUAUAGUGCGCACAAAAAAAGUUAGACUUGUCUCGGGAUUUAUCCUGAAAGCUGUUGGUUUACAAAAUAACGAAUUUAUUCCAAACAUUUGCACCAUCCUGUAUAUGGUCAACACUUCCGAAUAAAUUAUUGUUAAUAUCUAGUAUUUAUUAUAUUAUUUCGUUCAUAGAGAUUCUGACCAAUAGAAAUUAAAAUUACAGCGAUAAUAUAGUUAGGUUUAUGUAAGCAGUGGUGGUAGGUUUUAGCCGGAAUGCGGUUAAUCCGGCACUACACCGACGUCCGUAGGGCGUCUGUGUGUCUUGUUCCGUGGCUGCUCUUCAAGCAGCCAAAAAAAGAUUUCGAUUUUUUCCAGUAGUUCUCUUUGAAGUUAAAAAAUGAAAAUCGAUUUUUUUUCAUGUAUCGAAAAUAAAAAUUUUAUGGUGGUUUUGUUCCCUUAAACCCCCCAAACUUUUGUGUACGUUCCGAUUAAACUAUUAUUGUGGCACCGUUAGUUAAACACAAUGUUUUUAAAACUUUUUUGCCUCUUAGUACUUUUUCGAUAAGACAGUGUUUAUCGAGAUAUUUUGAAUAUUUGUCGAAUCCACCACAUAUUUGUAUAUGGUUAAGUUCGAUUAUAGAGGCUUGUUAAUAAUCUGAAAAUUUAUUUAUAAUUUACAUUAAUAGGUAUAUUUUGAAAAAGAAGUCACAUUUCGAUAAAAGGUGACUUAUCAAAAAAAGACUAAGAGGCAAAAAAAGUUAUGGUACCACAAUUAAUAAUAGUUUAAUUGGAACGUACACAAACAUUUGGGGGGUUUCAAAGAACAAAACCCCCAUACAACUUUUAUGUAAAUAUAUUAAAAAGAAGCCGCAUCUCGAUAAAAACUGGCUUGUCGAAAAAAUACUCAGAGGCAAAAAAAGUUUAAAAAUGUUGUCUUUAACUAAUGGUACCACAAUAAUGAAUUAAUUGAAACGUACACAAAAGUUUGGGAGGUUUAAGGGAACAAAACCCCCACAAAAUUUUUAUGGGGUGGUCAAAUUUCACUAUAAUUUUGUUUUAAGAUGUUCCUGCCAUAAGAAUGAUACCCCAUAAUGAUACCCCCUGCCAUAAGAAUGAUGAUGUCCAUUUUCAAUAAAAAAUCUAUAAUAGUUUUCGAUAUUGAAAAAAAUCGAUUUUCAUUUUGUAACUUCAAUGGGCUGUAACUUUUUUUAUGAGCACAUUUGUACUAAAGUAAGUUAGGUUCAAUCGAACUAUUUUUGACCCCAGAAUGUGUGGUAUAAUUUAUGACCUAUCUUUUCGGGACACCCUGUAUAAUCUCUUCAAGCUAUUCGGAUAAUUCUUCUAUACCUACAUAUAUUACCAUUUCGCCCAUUUCGGGGAAUUUUACUCGAGAAGAGUUUUUCCAUUACUUGUACUUUCAGUGUCCAUGCUUCCACCCCAUAUAGUAGAACUAUGAAUACGUAGCAUUUGAAUAAUCGGAUUUUUAAUCGUAGGGAAAUAUCCCUACGUAGAAAUAAUCUACGCUGUCAUGUUCCAUUCAUUGUGGAGAGUUGUUCUUGUUCCUGGGUAUGUAAACUUCUCUACAUAUUUUAUAGGUGUCUCAUUAAAUUUUCUGAAGAUGUUCUAUUUUUCCCAUACCAUCCAUUUUGAGUUUUAAUUAGUAAGUUCCAGAUACUUCACUCACUCUUUGUAGUAGAUCCUGCAGUUCUUUAAACCUUCAUGUUAUCAACUCCUCUUUAUUGAUUCUCAUUUUUGCCAAUUGGUGCCAAUACCUUGUUAUGAUUCGGAUAUCUUUUAAAGGACCCCCCAGAAACCUCAUGGGAAAUGGCUCUCUGUCAAAUGCUCUGAAACUUUGGGUUCUGGUAGUCCUUGAUGUGUACAACAAAAGACUCAAUGAGCGCGUAGCUCCAAAAAAUCAUGGUUUUAAGAUCUCUCUGAAGUUAUAGGUACAGUGAGGACGUUUGAGUUGGAAUAAAUUCAUUUUCUCGAGAAUGGGCGACUCUGGAGAUAAAUUACAAAUCGGGUCGAUUUUUAUUUUUAAAUUAUAAUUUUUUCACAUAUAUAUCAUACUAGUGACGUCAUCCAUCUAGACGUGAUGACACAAUCGAUGAUCUUUUUAAAUAAGAAUAGGGUUCGUGUGAUAGCUCAUGUGAAAGGUUAUUCAAUUCUCUAUUUAAUAGUAUAAACAUUAACAUAAUUAUUUAUACAGGGUGCCCAAAAUUUUUUUUAAUUAAAUUAAUUGAGACAAAAAGAAGAAUGUAUAUAAUUUAUUUAAUUCGAAAUACAUGUUACUGUUUACCGAAAACAGAAUAAAAUGAUUAUUUGAUACAUAAAUAUUUUUUUCGCUUAAAUUCAAUAUUAAAGCUGCCACCCACCUGCCUCUUAGCAGUUUGAACAUUUAAUUUAAGCGAAAAGCAUGUUUAUUUUUCAAAUUAACAUUUUUUUCUAUUUUCUAACAGCAGUAAAAUGUAUUUUGAAUUAAAUUAAUUAUAUACAUUCUUCUUUUUGUCUCAAUUAAUUUAAUUCAAAAAAAAAUUUGGACACCCUGUAUAAAUAAUUAUGUUAAUGUUUCUAUUAGUGAAUAGAGAAUUAAAUAACCUUUCAAAUGAGCUAUUCAAAUGAGCUAUCACACGACCUCUUUCGCUUAAAUUAAAUGUUCAAACUGCUAAGAGGCAGGUGGGUGGCAGCUUUAACCCUUAAACGCCCAAGGGUAGGUAAAAAAUGUGCACCUAGUGCCUAUUCCCAUGUAACAUAUUUAUUACGUGUUUAAAAUUUUUUUAAAAAUUAUUUAUUGUUAAAAAGACUGCCCUUUAUCGAAUGUUAUUUUUGUUCUACCGAUAUUUUUGAAAAUAAAAGUAGCAUCUAGAGUUAAAUAUGGGUGGGCAUAAAAAGUACACCCUUGGUAAAACUUGUUACUAAAGGUUUCUAUGUAUAUAAUUUCUCGUUGGUAGGAAGAUAAUCCAUAUAAUUAUCGACGUAUAAUUACAUAAUCUACAUGACUAAUUAUCCGCCAAAUGAGAAGGUUGAAAGGAAGAAUGUGGAGAAAAUCGACUUUUCUGAAUUACUGGCUUUUACUGAUAUGUUAAUUUUGAUGUACAUUGUAAUUUUGUUGUAAGGUUUGUAAAUUGUUUAUAUUAAUAUUUUAGAAGAUUUUGUGUUUAUUAAGCAUAAGAUUCUUAAGUUUUAAUCCAUUUCCAACAACUCUCAAUAAAUAUAUUAGCUAUUUUCGAGGUGGACAUUUUUUACCCACCCUGGGGCGUACAUGGAACCUAAAAAAGGUUAGGCGUUUAAGGGUUAAUAUUGAAUUUAAGCGAAAAACAACAUUUAUUUAUCAAAUAAACAUUUUUUUCUGGUUUCGGACAACAGUAAAAUGUAUUUCGAAUUAAAUAAAUGAUAUAAGUACAUUCUUCUUUUUGUCUCAAUUAAUUUAAUUCAAAAAAUUUUUUGGACACCCUGUAAAUAAUAUUGUUAAUGUUUAUAUUAUUGAAUAGAUAAUUUAAUAACCUUUCAAAUGAGCUAUCACACGACCCCUAUUCUUAUUUAAGAGAUCAUCGAUUGCGUCAUCACACCCAGAUGGAUGACGUCACUGUCACUAGUAUGAUAUAUAUGUAAAAAAAUUAUAAUUUAAAAAUAAAAAUCGACCAUUCUCGAGAAAAUGAAUUUAUUCCAACUCAAACGUCCUCACUGUACUUAUAACUUCAGAGGCUUAUAUCUUAAAACCAUGAUUUUUUGGAGCUACGCGCCCAUUGAGUCUUUUGAUCUACACACUACACAUCAAGGACUACAAAAAUCCAAAGUUUCAAAGCAUUUGACAGAGAGCCAUAGCCCAUAAGGUUUCUGCGGGGUCCUUUACAUCUUUUAUAAGAUUUGUAAGUUUUUCGUGCUUUAUCUUAUCUAACGCCUUUGAAAAAUCUAUUAAACACAUAAAUACAUCCCACAUCAUGUCUCUGCAUCUUUAUAUGGAUACUUAGAAGCAGAAAAUAGCUUCCAGAGUACCAAAACCCCCGUUAAAGCCAAAUUCUUCUUGGUUUCUGUAACCUUUUUUAUUUAUUAUUAAUGUUUUAUUUAUUAUUAUUAACAGAAUUUUUCUCAAAUUUGAAACUUAUAGGUUUAAAUGGUUGUUCCGUUACUUCUAUAACUUUAAGUAGUGAAUAUUUUAAUGAAUUUAAAUGAAUAGUGAUUUUUGAAUAUGGUGCCUAUCUAUAUAGCUGUAUAUGUUUAUUAAACUAUUAUUUUAAAAAAUACCCGAAGACUCUGUACUGCCGUAGUAUUAGAUACCUAGAUUCCAUUUUGUAGAUGCCUUGUAAACAAAUGAUAUAGGUAUAUUUUUAUAUGUCAAUAUAACAAUAUAAUAAAUCAUUUAUUUUUGAAUA